GGCUCUCCGAAUAGCUUGGCAUAUUAAAACAGAAAUGUAAUUGUGACACCACUAGAACGAUGCAGCUUUCGACAAUGGCUACGACGACAACCGUACACCGGCGGCGCUGACUCGUUGACAUAUUGGCUGGCUGUUUUCGCUGGUUGCUUCCGUUUCUAGUAAACGCAACGUUCUAGUUGAGACGAACCGCUCUAGCAAUCUGGUUGAAAAUUCUUUGCAGUACUUCUGUUACGAAUUGUGCGUUCACAAGAACACCACCCGCACACCCGCCCAUCUGUUCAUGGACUUAGGAGCAGCAGCAUAUCCGUCAUUUAUGAAAACAAAGUAAUACAGCAGUUUAUUGGAACAAUCAAAUACGACUUAAAGCACCGUACAGAGGGAAGGAAAAUCAUUUUUGGAAAAACAAUUUGUACGCAAAGUGCAAGCCCAUUGUGCAUACAAAAAACAAGACAAAACGGCAGAGCAACAAAACAGCUAUAACAACACAAACAAAACGAUAACGAAUCGUAAGAGUGAUAGUAUAGUGAAAUAAUAAAAUCAGGCACAACGACGUCUACAACAGUGGCAACCACGGCGUUCACAUCGGAUACGCCGAAUCAACAACAAAUCUCACGACAACGUCGGCGGGCAGUCGUCCCGCUACCGCAAUUCACCACCACAACUACCAGUCGUGUCGGACGACGCGUGCGCCUACCCGUGCACCUCGCGACGUCGGUAACGGCCACUAUAAGAACGGGAACGUCAUCCACGCUGGGUCCAAAAAAAUUGCGAAGUUUGCGAAAUUUGCGAAAUUUACUGUCGCGCGGCAAAAGAAAACACCUCAGAGUGCGCAGUGCUUCAAGUGGCCAAGCUCAGCACAACUACACUAAUACCAAUAGGAAUAACAUUCAAAGUUGUAUUGAAAGCAAUAGCAACAGCACAAGUGAAGACGGGAUGAAAGUAAAGGAGCGCAAUAAGGUGGUGGUGACAGAUAAGAAUGUAGAUGAAAUGGAUGAAGUGGAGGAGGUGGAAGAUAUGGAUGAAAUCGAAGAUGAUGAACCGAUGAACGGAACAGGCGCCAAUGCCUAUAGGUUUGAAAAUCGCCCCAAACCAGCCACAUCGCAUCCUGCCCACGAAAAGAUGUUGUACGACACGCGUAUUCGUCGGAAAAAUGUACUGGCGCUUAACGAGAAGGUAGCAGCAAUUCGCGAGUAUGAGAAAUCACCGGUCUAUAAGCGAGUUGGGCGCAUUUUUCACUGCAGUCCCGAUCAGAUAAAGCGUAUAGUGCAGCAGAAGGAGAGCAUACUCGAAGCUUGGAAACAACGUACGCGCCGCUGCCACGACGCGAAAACCCUCGAGAUGAAAGUAGUACGCGUUUCGAUGCUGGGCAAGGCUGUCUUUGAUUGGCUGCGUCGAAUGAUUUACUACCAAGACAUACAAAUAACCGAUGGACUCAUACAGAAGACAGCAUUGCAAUUCAAAAGCGCAAUGGGUUUGCAGAACUUCUUUCCCCAUCAGGAUUGGUGUGAUAAAUUCCGACAAACGUAUAAAAUCCACACAACAGAUAGCAAAUUACUGAAAAUUGGCUACACGCAAGGCUAUUCCGUGCAAAUUAAAGAUGUCAUGAAGGACGUGCUUAACGAGUGUACACCGGAUGUGACCAAGGAUCCGUUGGUCGAUGACGAUAAUGAUGUUGAAGAAAUUAGGGAAGAAUGUGAAAACACAGAAAAUGCGAAUGUGCAUGAAGGCGAUGGCGAUAAGGAAGUGUCGGCGAAACGCAGACGUUUAAAAUCGAGCGCACUUAUAAAUACCACUAAAAGCAGUGCUGCUGGCUGUGCGUCGAAUGCGGCGAGCGGUACCUUAAAUGCAGCUGGCAAAGCGAUCGUUAAUCGCAUAAAUGUCUCUAAAUUCAAUUUAAAUACGCCAAAAAGCAACGCAACCGACAAUAAUGAAAAUAAGAGUGCUGCACAACCGGCGUUGCAAAAGGUGGCACCCCCACAGCUGCCACCAUUACGUCAACUGGUCGCAUUGCCGCUGCAGGGCAACGUCGCAGGUAUGCCACAGAAAGUACUCGUUGCUACGCCAAUUACGCCUGCUGGUCAGGUGCCAGGCACGAAACCCAUGACAAUGACAAUCAUUCCACUAGCAACUAUAGCGCAGUCUCAAUGUAUGCAACCGGCAUCGGUAGCAACUUCAGCAGCAGCUACAACUACGACUGCACCCACGCUGACCGCCGCACUAGCAACAAGCACAGCAACUGCAAUCACCCCCGCUUCAGACGCUGAAAAGUCGACUGUGCCAACACCUUUGUUAGAUAUCAAAAAGGAAAUCAAACAGGAGCCAGUUGAAAUUAAGCAAGAGUAUAUUUCGGAUGCUGAAGGAGAUGAGGAGGAAGAGGUAGGAAAAAAGCAGCAACAAAAUGCAACUACUACGCAGUCAACUGUCAGCACGCAAGAUAAUCAAAAGGGGAAUACUCAUGAUUUUAACAUUGACGGUGAUGCAACAUCGUCCGGCAGUGGAACGGAUGUGGAAGAUCGUGUUGUUGUAGAGCCAGGAUGUGCUGAUGAUGAAAAUAUAGCUUUAGCAAAUUUGCGACGACUCAUACAGAGUCAGGGUAAAAUUGUUCCAAUCGCAACGUCAGCAUCGGCGAUCAUGCGUCCUACGAAAACUACAUCAUCUGUACCUCCAUUGUCACCAAAACCCAAUUUGUCACUAGGAGCUUUAGCGCCACUCACCGCUAUCACAGCCGAUCGUCAAAAUUUACCAACAUCAACGACUGCCAUUACUUGCAUACCUGCCGCAAACAUUUCUGCCAUGACCAGGUCAUUGAGUUUUACACCUCCAUUACCGCCUCUAACAAAAGCACCAGAUGCCGUUAUAAAUCGACUGGCGCAUAAGCGAAAACAAGCCACAAAUAAUAUGCCACUGCUGCCGCCCAUCAAAAGUUGUUACGAGGCGCGUAAAUACCUAAAGCUAUUGGAAGAUUUUGCGCUGGUCAAAGAAAAUUUUAGGUUGAUCGGUUUGAUAACACGCGCCGACGAAGUAUUGCGGGAGCUGGACGGUGACGAUGAUGUGGAUGUGGAUUGAGGGAUUUUACACUUUAUAAGCAUGUAAUAUAUGCAUUAACUAAUACUUAUACAAUUAAUAUACAUACAUACAUCUAUAAGUAUAUAUGGGUAUAGCCUUUUCUAUGAAUACCAAAGCCGGUAAUUGUUGCCAUAGUUUGUAAGUGCAGUGAAGAAAAUGUACAUAUAUAUUCAUGUAUGAGAAAUGUGAAUAACUCGCUAUAUCGAAGUUUACUAUAUACGUAAAUAUGUAGAAAAGAGCUAGAAUUGUAGUUACAUAUGUAAGUACUAAUAUGGAUUUGUUUUUAUUUUAAUUUAUCUUUACAUGAAAUAUUUACUAUUUGGUUUUUUUCUAAGAACUGAAGAUUUUUAUUUUUUCACACUUGACAUCUAACUGUAUGGUAAUAUAUAAUAUUAAAUAUUUCUUGUACAUAUGUACAUAUGUAUGUGUGUAUGUACAUACAUAUAUGGAUGCUAACAAUCCACGGCUUAUCAUUAAAAAACUGAAUAAAACCACAUACAUAAAUAAAUGUAUGUUAGAAAGUAAA